GCUUCACACCUUGUCCUAAAGCGUAGAAUCCGAAACGGAGUUCUUCUCGCUGACUGGGUUACAAUUCACGUUAACCACAAAACCAAAGGAAGAAGAAUUUUUUCACCUUGUUUUAACUCUCCGCGUCUCCAAUUCAAUUACCUCACUUCUGGUAUCGUCUUCCCGAUCAAUCCUUCACUUAUGGAGAAUCCAUGCACGAAUCUUACUCUUUUUCUUUUUCUCUCUUUCUCUCUAUUCUCCGCUUUUACCUUGUCCUCCUUCUCCCCUACCGAUAACCACCUUAUCAACUGCGGCUCCUCCGUAGACGCUUCUGUUUACAACCGCCACUUCGCUUCUGAUGACGACUUCUCUAACCCCAACUCCCCGCUCCUCUCUGCCACUCGAACGACUCCACUUGCCAACCAGAAUCCGGCCCCCAAUUCACCCCAAAUCUAUAACACGGCUAGAAUUUUCUGGAAACCUACCAAGUAUGAGUUCGAGGUCAAUGAUCCAGGAACCCACAUGGUACGCCUUCAUUUUCACCCUUUCGUGUCUUCGGAUUUGGACUUAAGCUACGCUGAAUUUCACGUUCUGGUUAAUGGGUUUGUCGUUUUGAGCAAUUUUACUGUGGCAAAUACGGCCACCCCCCUGGUUAAGGAGUAUUUCAUCUGGGUUGAGUCAAAUAAGCUUGUCAUUACUUUUAUGCCUACAAGAAGAGAUGAAUUUGGGUUUGUUAAUGCAAUUGAAGUAAUUUCUGCACCUAAAGAUUUGAUUGCUGAUACGGCAAUUUUUGUAAGUGGCACUAGAACUGAGAAAUUUGAUGGAUUAACUAAGCAGGCUCUUGAAACAUUGUAUAGGAUCAAUGUUGGUGGUCCAAAAGUGACACCAUUUAAUGAUACAGUGUGGAGAACAUGGGUUCCAGAUGAUGUGUUCUUUGAACCAAGUGAAAUUUCCAGGAGGAUCUAUUCCAGUGGUCGAAUUAAGUAUCAAAAUGGAGGUGCUAGUCGAGAAGUUGGUCCUGAUUUUGUUUAUAGUAGUGCUAGAGUAAUUGCAAGCACAAGUGCUUCGAUCCCUGAUGCGAACAUGACAUGGAAUUUUGCGGUGAUGGAGGGUUAUCAAUACCUUGUUAGAUUGCAUUUCUGCGAUAUUGCUAGCAUGUCGCUUGGUUUGCUAUAUUUUAAUGUAUAUAUUAAUGGGAAUCUGGCAUACGACAAUUUGGAUCUUUCCUCAAUUACAUACAUGCUGGCUUCUCCAUUUUAUGCAGAUUUUGUUGUCGAGAGUGAAAAAGAUGGCGUUUUAAGAGUGAGUGUUGGACCUUCAAACAUGAGUAUGACACACACAGUUGAUGCUAUCUUGAAUGGGGUGGAAAUUAUGAAGAUGAAUAACUCAGUUGGUAGCCUUGAUGGGAAAAUGUGUGCAGGGAUGGUAUUGAGGAGCUGGCCAAGAGGGAAGAUUGGUAUUUUCUUUCCUCUAGUUGCAGUUGUGUGUCUAGUGUUGAGUGUAUCUGUGCUAAUGCAUAAGAGGACGGUUGGUGGAAGGGACACUGUUGCAUGGUCUAAAUUGCCAACUGAUGAUGCCCCUGGAGAUAAGUUAAAGCAUGAAGAUGACGAUGACAAUGAUGAUGAUGACGAAGACAACGAAAUCGACAAUGACGAACAUGAACAUUUAUCUGGCAAAGCCAAAGCGUGAAGUUUCUUCAAGAUAAAAAGAUUUUGGAAUCAUGCAAUAUGAGGAAGGUGUUCUUAGUUUGUUACUUUGUGAUAUUAAAGGUGAUGGAUGAUUCUAUAACUUAAUUCAUAAUGUGAAGUCUCUAAUGAAAGAGCUUGUUGUGUAGUUGAGGGGGAAUAUGUAAGUAAGUUGUAUUUACAGCAUAUAGGGUAUUGGUAAAUAACCUUUGGCAUCUCACUGUUGUUGUAUCCUUUUGUGCCUUCCUCUCAUAAUGAAUUGCAGAUUACUUUAAA